AUGAAGGCCCUCGUUCUCACAACUGCAACAAAAGACGUCUCCAUCCGGGAGCUCCCCGUUCCCGAGCCCCGUAACGGCGAAGUCCUCAUCCGCGUCCAUGCAGUGGCUCUGAACCCCGUAGACGCGGCCUAUGCAGCGCAUCCCAUCGCCGAGCAAGAGCAGCGAGUCAUCGGAACCGAUUUCGCCGGCGUUGUCACUGCUUUAGGGCCUGACCUCGGCUCCUUGUCUGAUCUCCGUGCCAGAGUUGGGGCGCGAGUUGCUGGAUUUCAUCAGGGCGCUUGUUCGACAAAUGAUCGCCCAGGAGCCUUUGCAGAGUACAUCACGGCCCCCUAUGACCUCUUGUGGUCGGUCCCAGACAGCAUGUCGCUCGAGGCCGCUUCCACAAUCAGCAUGUGCGGCUUGACAGCUGCGCAAGGAGUCUUUGCUCGUCUCGAUCUUCCCUGCCCAUUUGACGACGACCAAACGGCUUCUUCAGCGGACAGCGCAAACGAUGUAACCAACUUGCUCAUUUAUAGCGCAUCGACCUCCCUCGGCUUGUACGCCGCCCAGCUGGUGCAGCUUGCAGCCCGCUCUUCCGGUCGCAAGAUCCGCCUCAUCGGCACUGCCAGCUCCUCCAAGCACGAAUUUCUUCGCCAAGAGCCGUACAGUUAUGACGUGUUGAUCGACUAUCACGAUCCCAACUGGGUGGACAAGGUGAAAGAGGCCACAGGGGGUAAGGGCGUUGAUCGUGCUGUGGAUAGCAUUUCCGAAGGAGAGACUGUGUACAAGAUCCACGACACCUUGAAUGAAAACGCAAAGAUGGCUGUAUUCCGCGGGCCCAAGGGUGGACAAUAUGACCCAACGAACUUGCGCAUCAAGCCUAUCUACGGCGCUGUGUGGGAAGGCCUCGGCCAUGAGAUUGGCUACAACGGAUUCACCAUUCCCGCCAACCCCAAGGCGCGCUUGUUUGCAACAAAGUUCUUCAACUUCCUCAGUACAGCUGCCACAGACGGCAAAGUGAAGCUGGAGCCGAAUCCCGUGCGUCUUAUGCCGGGAGGGCUGGAAAGAAUCGUGCCGGAUGGGUUUGCGCUCUUGGGCGCCGGCCUGCUGUCGGAGCGAUCGACGAGUCGCAGUGAGGACUACAUGCGGCCGAUUAGCGGAGAGAAGCUGGUGUACAGACUCGUGGACGAGGGCAAAUAA